GCUCAGUCUACUUUUAAUUAUAUUAAUGAAACUUACGUAAAAAAAUUUGUUUUCUUACUUGGGUCGCCGGAGAAACAAUAUUCCGGCAACCUGAGAUAUAAGUUAUUAACCGGAUUAAUGGCAAAGGGUCGAAAGUUGACCACCAGUCGGAGUGAAAGGUUUUUAGGGAGUUUUGGUUACAAUCGGGAGCAAGAAACAGUCGCCGGCUCGUCGGAGUUUGGAGAAGAUGAAGUUUGGUCAACUUUUGAUAACACAGUCAACGCUGAUAAUCAUCUGGUCAAUGUCGAGUGGACUUCAGUUGCUGGUUCCGAGAGUAAUGGAAGCUUCCCCGGUUACAGGAGCCGCAGUCAUGCUCCACGCGCUGCCAGCCACGAGCACCACACCCACCGCCACGUUGGAGGCCUGUCAUCCGCUUUUGAGGAUUCGAGUUCUACUAGAAUCGCGCAUCAGUUUCGAAGCCAGGAUAACAUGGCGGAAUCUCCACGUGGGGGCCAUAUAGCCACGUCGGCUCCAGUUAAUGUGCCAGAUUGGUCGAAGAUUUAUCGAAUCAAUUCGUCCGAGUCACUUCACAACUCGGAUGAUGGGUUCGAACAUGGUGAAUCCGAAUUAGUCCCACCACACGAGUACUUGGCACGAAGCCAAGACAUGGCUGCAAACUCGAUGUUUGAAGGUGUUGGUCGAACCCUUAAGGGACGCGAUAUGAGCCGAGUUCGAGAUGCAGUGUGGAGCCAGACUGGGUUCCACGGCUAAUUAUAACAAAUAUGGUGUCUAAUUACCAAAUAUCUCCUUGUUUAGGGGAUAGAGAUCAUUGUUAGUGGCCUAAUUAAAGUGCCUCAAGUGUGUAAUAUUGUGGCUGGUGAAUUAUUUUGAGCCCAAUCCUAAUAUUUAGUUUAGAAGUUCUCUUUGUAUUUAUCUCUAUUGUAAUGGUAGAAGACUUGGGUUCCAUGAAAUAUUGACACGCUUAAAUCAAAGUGCUAUGUAUAUAGCCCCCUUUGGUAGCAAUUUUUCACU